GGAGGCAUAGGAAGGAGGCUACCUGGCAUUGUUGAGAAUAAGUGACACCUAGACCCAGAUAGCAAAGACACCUAACCUGAAGGAAAGGAAGCUGCCUGGAGGCAUCACUUGGAAGAAGAGACACCCAGACAGCUUUCAGCAGCCAGGGGACAGGAGGUGUGACCAUGGACCCCCAAGGCAGACACUACCUGAACAAGGCGGCGGUGCUGUCUCCUCUAGGAGCGGCCCGUAUGCUCCAGCUCCUCCUGGGCUGCACCAUCAUAGCCCUGGUGGCCCACAGCGCCGGCUACAACCAUGCCUAUGGCAUCUACUGCAUGUUUGUGUGGUGCUUCUGCUUCGCCAUGACCCUGCUGGUGUUCACCAUGGAUGUGACACGCCUCCCCUGCUGCAUGCCCAUCUCCUGGGACAACCUCACCGUGGCGUUCGCCAUGCUCGCCACACUCAUGUAUGUCACCGCCUCCGUCGUCUACCCCGUCUACUUCCUGCGCUCCCAGUGCUCCAAGUCCGACGGGGGCUGUGAGGUGCGCAACUACCGUAUCGCUGUCACCGUGUGCUCCAGUUUCUGCUGCUUCGCCUACGCGGCUGAGGUGUUCCUGACCCGGGCCAAACCGGGCCAUGUGGUGGGCUACAUGGCCACCAUGUCAGGCCUGCUCAAGGUGGUCCAGGCCUUUGUGGCCUGCAUAAUAUUUGGGGCCCUGGCCAACGGCAGCGAGUACAACCGCCACAUCCCCACUCAUUACUGCGUGGUGGUCUAUAGCCUGUGCUUCUCCAUCACCGUGGUCGUGAUCGCUGUGACUGUGUCGGGAAAAGCCUCGGCUCUGCCCCUGCGUUUCCCCUUCGACCGCUUCGUGAUCAUCUACACCUUCCUGGCGACACUGCUGUACAUGAGUGCCGCCCUGGUGUGGCCCAUCUUCAGCUUCGACAGGAAGUAUGGCACGCCAGGUCGCCCUGACGGCUGUCCCUGGGAGAACUGUCCCUGGGACAGCAAGCUGGUGGUGGCGGUGUUCACCCAUGUCAACAUGGUGCUGUACUUCAGUGACCUAAUCUACUCCCAGAGGAUCCGCUUCGUCUCCCACACUGCUGCCUGAGGACCCCUCCACCCUCCUCACUCCACUCUCCUGCCUGAGGACCCCUUCACCCUCCUCACUCCACUCUGCUGCCUGAGGACCCCUCCACCUUCCUCACUCCACUCUGCUGCCUGAAGACCCCUCCACCCUCCUCACUACUGGGGACACCUCUACCCUCCUCACUCCUGGGGUGAAUCUCAAACUUUUUUUCCUCUGUUCCUCAUGGGACACGACGUCUUCUCUCUUCGCCUGCAUAUCAAAACGUACGAGGUAAGGGAGGAGAGCAUUGGGGAAGACAAGAGGAGAUACGAUCCUUGAAUGGACUUAUGCCUCGCUCUGAUGUUGUGAGAAGGAGGCGUGGAGAGGGGAGACGAGGAAUAGAGGGAAAGAUGCACCCCUGACCCUCAGCGACAGACAGAGACCACACUGGAAAUGACACACAGCAUCUCCACUCAAGUGACUCUGAAUGCCCCAUGCCUACUACAGAUUACAGAUUGCCUCAAUGAUGUCAUGCCUUUGUGCCUUUGUUAUGUCUUUCUUAACAUCAGUGUUGUGUCUUUCUUAACAUUAGUGUUAUGUCUUAACAUCAGUAUUUUGUCUUUCUUAACAUCAGUGUUAUGUCUUUCUUAACAUCAGUGUUAUGCCUUUCUUAACAUCAGUGCUGUGCCUUUCUUAACAUCAGUGUUUUGUCUUUCUUAACAUCCGUGCUGUGCCUUUCUUAACAUCCGUGUUAUGUCUUAACAUUAUUAUCAGUAUUACCAGUAUUAUAAUCUCUAAGAGAAACCCGAGACAUGGGCCAGUACUGUUGUAGGCACUCUGUCUUAUGGGGCAGUACAUUCGUUUAAUUCAGAGCUUUGAAGAUGUCCGGCGACAUUUUCGUAGUGCAAAAGCGAUGUGCUAAAUGCAAAGAAAAUCUGUAAACCUCAUAAUCUGGCAGUGUGAUUUAAACUAAAACUUUUCCUCUACAAUCUGCGUUAUAAAGACGCUAUUAUUUAUAAGGUUUAGUAAACUGAGCAAUCUGUGUGUGUGUGUGUGUGUGUGUGUGUGG